AUGGAGUCUUCUCCUGUUAUCAAAACAAAUACAACCACCUCUGGUGGGAAUUUAGAUGAUCCUUUUAAGGUAGGUGAUGAAUUAAGAUACAAGGAAUUGACGGAUAGAAUGUCUUCAGUUGAAAACAUUGUUGGAGAAAUGAAACAAAUGAUGAAACAGAUGUUGGAGGCUUCUAAAAGUCAGCCCAGCCAUCAGCAAAUCACCCAAGAGCUAUGGAAUUCUGUUCAACUAAUCCUUGCUGCUCAAAGGGAAUUAGCUGAACUCAACCACAACAAGCAUAUGGCAUUGAUUAGAGUCAUGGUUGAGGCUAGAUAUAAUGAUACUCAGACAGAUAUCAGAGGUAACAAAGAAUCCCUGCAAAAGCUUACUAGCUCUUCCCCUGCACCUGGCCAACAAAAACAAAAGCCAGGGUCUGCCAAAGAAACUUCUACUAAAACAUCAGAAAAAUCAGAUGUUGGAAAGAAAAGGGGAAUUGAUGAGACCCUCAACAUCCAAAUUGAUGGGGAGAUUUUAGCAAAGCAGAAGAAGCAUGAUACAGAAAAGAGCAAAGCCUACAACUGGAAGAAAGAACAGGAGGAAAAGAUGAAAAGAGAAAACAUUAGUACUUCACUAAGAAGGAAGUCUUUCAGAAAUAAUAGACCACCAAUAACCACCUUUCCCAAAACAUCUGCUGCUCUUAAAAGGCCUGUAUCCUCUGCUUCACCAAAAACAAAACCUUCACCUCAAAAACCACCACAAAAGAAGCAGAAAAUAGCUUCAAAACCAAUAUCCUCACCCAUCAAACCAACAGAUGUUGAUGCAACAAAAGCAUCAGCAGAUGUUAGGCCAACAGCUGUUGAGACACAUGUUGUCUCAGCGGAUGUUAGCCAAUCCACUACUACCAUCAAUUUCAACACACCACCAUCAACACAACGAUCACAUACACCUCAAAGAUUCCCUUCACAACCACCUUCUUUAUCUAAACCACCUUCUCCAUCAAAAGUUCCUCCACCACCCAAAUUUGUUUAUUUACGCAAAAGAAAAUUUGUUGUGCAUGAUGAUGAUAAGGAGAUUCCAUCACCAAUCCCUUUAUCAUCUGUUCCAUCCAAACCACUCCACCCUCAUCAUCUCCACUUAUAA